CCCAUGUCGACAAGAAAUUCUUUAAACAAAGCAUCCCACCCACCAAACGGGACCUAAAUUGAUUGUAGUUGUGUCCUACUGCUUACGAGUGUAAUGAUCUUUCCAGAAGUAUCUAUUCCAAAACUUGAUAGACUCGUUUUGUUUAGGUCAAAAAGCAGAGCACAAAAAGCAAGAAGAAGAAGAAGAGGAAGAGUGAUUAGCAACCAUGUCUCGGAUACUUGUUCAGCCCGUAGGUCAAAAGAGGCUCACCAAUGUCGCCGUAGUCCGUCUCAAGAAGCACGGUAAUCGCUUCGAAAUCGCUUGUUACAAGAACAAGGUCCUCUCAUGGCGUUCUGGCGUAGAGAAGGAUUUGGACGAAGUGCUGCAGUCGCAAACGGUUUACUCGAAUGUCUCGAAAGGGGUUUUGGCGAAAUCUAAAGACUUGAUUGCUGCAUUUGGGACUGAUGAUCAGACCCAAAUAUGUUUGGAGAUUUUGGACAAAGGAGAGCUUCAAGUUGCUGGGAAGGAGCGAGAAUCUAAGUUAUCCAGUCAGUUCAGGGACAUUGCUACCAUUGUUAUGCAGAAAACAUAUAAUCCCGAAACUCAGCGCCCUUACACCAUAAGCAUGAUCGAGCGCCUUAUGCGUGAUAUUCAUUUCGCCAUUGACCCAAAUAGCGGCUCCAAGAAGCAGGCACUGGAAGUUAUUCAUGAACUUCAGAAGCACUUUCCAAUAAAAAGGUCUCCAAUGAAAUUACGGCUCAGUGUUCCUGAAGAAGGACUUUCAGCUCUCAUGGAAAAGCUGAAUGCAUGGAAUGCAAAAAUGAUUUCAAAAGAUAAAUCAGGAAGUCAGCUAUCUUGUAUUUGUGAGUUGGACCCUGGUUUUUAUCGCGACUGUGAGGCCUUAAUGAAUAAUCUGAAGGGAAAGUUUGAAGUUCUUGCACUUUCCAUUCAUGCUGAAGGAGACGCUCAUUUGGAUCAAUAUGAUGAGGAGGAACAUGAAGCAUCACACUCGCGCAAGGAGCUGACUGCAACUGUAGCAAAAUUGAGUGACAAAUUGCAAAAACAAACUAUCUCCACCACCACAAGUGGUGGGAAUGCUGCAGCAGGGGAAGGAAAGCAAAACAAAUGCAGUACUUGUAAUGCGCUCGUAGGCGAUUCGAGUCAGUACAGAGAGCACUUCAAGAGUGAUUGGCAUAAGCAUAACUUGAAACGCAAGACUCAAAAUCUCGCCCCUCUCACAAAAGAAGAAUGCAUGGCUGACAUUGAAAUUUGCGACUCCAAGGCAGAUCUGAAGGAAUAUUCAUUCUAGAUUGGUCACUUUCUGCAUACUGAGUACAGGAUCUGUUGUAUACCUUAUGUCCAAUUUUGUUUACUAAAUACAUUGUGUAAAUGAAGUUUGUUUGAAUCAUCUGGUUUGAGCUGAAAAUUCCUCAAGAAAGACUUGAAAUAUAUGUAUGAAAACUUUAAGCAUACAACACGCUAUUCUAACUUUUGGACCCAUA